AUGUGUGGGCGAACAUCGUGCCACUUACCUCGAGAUGUUCUCACCAGAGCUUGUGCCUAUCGGGACAGGCAGGGCCAGCCGCAACUUCCAGAAUGGAGAGACCCGGACAAAUACUGCCCCUCUUACAACAAGAGCCCACAGUCAAACAGCCCAGUGCUUCUGUCUCGUCUGCACUUUGAGAAGUGCUACCAGCUGUCUGAUCAGGAGCCCAGAAUGAUAGAAGAAAAGAUGACUAAUAAAAAUGAUCCUUCCAAGCUACAGUUCAACACUUCUAACUGUCGUAGUGACACCAUGACAGAGAAGCAGUCAUUCAAGGUGCCUCUGUGUAAGGGAAGACGUUGUGUCGUUCUAGCAGAUGGGUUCUAUGAGUGGCAAAGAUGUCAAGGAACAAACCAAAGGCAGCCGUACUUCAUCUACUUCCCCCAAAUCAAGACAGAAAAGACAGGAGAUAGUGGUACCAUGGACAGUCUUGAGGAAGGCAAGAAGGUGUGGGACAACUGGAGACUACUGACAAUGGCUGGGAUAUUUGACUGCUGGGAGCCUCCACAGGGAGGAGACGUGCUGUAUUCCUACACUAUCAUCACAGUGGAUUCCUGCAAGGGCCUGAAUGAUAUCCACCACAGGAUGCCUGCCAUAUUAGAUGGAGAUGAGGCAGUGUCUAAAUGGCUGAACUUUGGUGAGGUCUCAACACAAGAAGCUUUGAAGUUAAUCCACCCUACAGAGAAUAUCACCUUCCAUCCAGUCUCCACUGUGGUCAACAACUCCCGAAACAACACUCCUGAGUGUUUGGCUCCUGUUGACUUAGCAGUCAAAAAGGAGCUCAAGACAAGUGGUAGCAAUCAGAGGAUGUUGCUGUGGCUAGCCACAAAAUCGCCCAAAAAGGAAAAAUCUGAAACAGCCCAAAAGGAAGAGUCAGAUGUGCCUCAGUGGUCCAGCCAGUUCCUACAAAAGAGCCCACUCCCAGCCAAGCGAGGCAGCGCAGGACUCCUAGAGCGAUGGCUGAAGCGGGAAGAGGAGCCAGUGGCCAAGCGACCUCACUGCCAGUAA